AUGACAGCACUUUAUGCCUUGGGCCGCGGCGGCCUCUUAUCUUCAGAACUACCUCUUAUAGAAAAAAGAAACUAUUCCUCGCAGAACAUUGGCCAAGUAAAUCAAGAACAAGCAUUUUUUCAAGCAUGGUAUGCCGAUGAUUCCGGUGUUACAGAUGUUGUUGACAACAGUGACGGUUUUUCUUCAGGAAGAAAUGACAUGUUGGAUGUACAGGAGGAUAAGUUAAUGGCAGUUAAGAGAGCACUUUCUGAGGCCCAAGCUAGACAAGAUGCUAUUGAGAAAGAGAGGGAUCAGUUGCUUGAAGAGUUGGCAUGUGCUGAGGCAAAACAACAGGAAUAUGUAGCUGCCAUACUGCAUGACAAGGAUAUGGCUGUUUCGGAACUUGAGGCUGCCAAGUCUUUGUUCGAUCAGAAGCUGCAGGAAUCAGUUCAAGAGAAGUUCAGGUUGCAAGAUAAGUUAGUCCUUAUGAAACAAGAUGCUGUUGAACUUGCAGUACAAGUAGAGAGGUUAGCGGAAAUUGCCUUUCAGCAGGCAACAUCUCACAUACUAGAAGAUUCCCAGUUGAGGGUCGCAGCGGCAGAAACUACAGCUGCUGAAGCAUGUUAUCAGAUAGAAAAGCAAAUUAAGGAUAUGACUGAAGGUACUAUAUUGUCGAUUGUGGAACAGUCGAAAAAUGCUAUAGAGAAGGCGCUGGAUGUGGCAGAAAAAGCCGGUGACCAUGCAACAAAAGCUGCGUCAGCAUUUAGUGACAGUAUGAGUCCACUUGAUGAGCUUGCUUCGGUCCAGUCAAAGAACAUUAUGCUACAGGGUACCGUAAAUGAUUUAGAAUCUCAGUUAUUGCUUACAAGAAGUGACGUUGCUAAGUUGAAGUUGGAGUUGGAAAAGGCCCAUGCACAUACAAAAUUGCUUGAGGUCCGAGCUACUGAUGCUGAGAAAGCAUUGGUUGAAUUUCAGGAUUCAAGUAGGAAAGAGAGUCUCCAGAGAGAGCAGGAAAUCAUGUCAUUGAUGGAGCAGAUGAAGAAAGAUUCAUCGGAAAGAAACCAGGCUGCUUCAGGGGCUUUCAAUGUUGAGUUGCAAAGCAUUAGAGAUGCUAUUGAAGCUGCGAAAGAAACUGUACGUUCCAAAGAUGAUGCCUACUUGAGAAGAUGCGAAGCACUGCAAAGAUCCUUGAAGGCAUCUGAGGCUACUACAAAGAUGUGGAGACAGAGAGCAGAAAUUGCAGAAUCCUUAUUAUUGAAGGAAAGACAGCCAGCUGAUCAGGAAGAAGAUUCCAUCUAUGUUGUUAAUGGGGGAAGGAUAGACCUUUUGACCAAUGAUGAUUCACAGAAAUGGAAACUUUUGAGUGAUGGUCCUCGCAGAGAGAUACCUCAAUGGAUGGCAAGGAGAAUAUGUACAAUCCGUACCAACUUUCCUCCGAGGAAGAUUGAUGUAGCUGAAGCCUUGAGCUCAGAAUUCAGAUCUUUGAACUUGCCAAAGCCUGAGGAAGUAUGGUCAAUAGCUCUGGAAAAGCCAAAGGAGGGAGAUACACUUGUCGAGCAUGUUUUUGAGAAAGAGAUACUAGAGAAGAAAAGGAAGGCUCUUGAGCGUGCUCUGCAGCGGAAGUCCACACAAUGGCAGAGGACUGAAGAACAAACAAAAUUAGAGCCAGGAACCGGAACAGGACGUGAGAUUGUGUUUCAAGGUUUCAACUGGGAAAGCUGGAGAAGGCAGUGGUACCUUGAUUUAGCUCCUAAAGCUGCUGACUUAUCUAAAAUUGGGGUAACAUCAGUGUGGUUCCCACCACCAACAGAAUCUGUUGCUCCUCAAGGUUAUAUGCCUUCUGACCUUUACAAUUUGAACUCGGCAUAUGGUACUGAGGAAGAACUUAAAUAUUGCAUUGCGGAGAUGCAUGCUCAUGAUCUUCUGGCCUUGGGAGAUGUUGUCCUGAAUCAUCGAUGUGCUCAUAAACAGAGUCCAAAUGGCGUUUGGAACAUCUUUGGUGGAAAGCUUGCUUGGGGGCCUGAAGCAAUUGUUUGUGAUGAUCCAAAUUUUGAGGGCCGUGGAAAUCCUUCAAGCGGGGAUAUAUUCCAUGCAGCACCCAAUAUUGAUCAUUCAAAGGACUUUGUAAGGAAUGAUAUAAAGGAGUGGUUAAACUGGCUUAGGAGUGAUAUAGGGUUUGAUGGAUGGCGCCUUGAUUUCGUAAGAGGCUUCUCUGGUUCUUAUGUAAAGGAAUAUAUUGAAGCUUCAACUCCAGCAUUUGCUAUUGGAGAAUAUUGGGACAGUUUAGCUUAUGAAAAUGGAAAUUUGUGCUACAAUCAAGAUGCCCAUCGCCAAAGGAUAGUUAAUUGGAUCAAUGCUACAGGCGGCAGUUCCUCGGCAUUUGAUGUCACAACUAAGGGGAUUCUUCAUUCUGCUCUUCAUAACCAAUACUGGAGGUUAAUAGAUCCUCAGGGUAAACCAACUGGAGUUAUGGGAUGGUGGCCCUCACGUGCUGUUACAUUUUUGGAGAACCAUGAUACAGGAUCAACACAGGGACAUUGGCCAUUUCCACGAGAAAAGCUUACACAGGGAUAUGCAUACAUUUUGACCCAUCCUGGAACACCUACCAUCUUCUACGACCAUUUAUACGACUUUGGUCUUCAUGAAAUCCUAACUGAGCUAAUUGAGGCUCGGAGAAGGGCAGGGAUCCAUUGCCGGAGCGCUGUGAAGAUAUACCAUGCAAAUAAUGAAGGAUAUGUUGCACAGGUAGGUGACUCUCUAGUAAUGAAGCUCGGACAUUUCGACUGGAACCCCUCGAAGGAAAACCAUUUGGAAGGGAGCUGGCAGAAGUUUGUUGAUCAAGGAGCAGAUUACACAGUGUGGUUACGACAAUAGUCUGGUUUCAGGUAUAAGAAACCAAUAAAUUAGAACUCCCUUUUGCACGAGGUCGAUAAACAACUAAUAAGUGCAAGCAAUUAGAAUGUAAAGAUACUUUGUAAAUAAACAUAUUUCAAAUGCAAAUAAAAGCCAGAAGAGAUUGUUGUUU